AUAGAAGUGACUAAUCAGGAUGUUUACAAUAGUAUUCCAAAUUCGGCGACUCUGAAACUAAUCCACGGCUGUUGAUUUGAUCUUUGAACAAAUGUUACAAUUGGAGAGACAAAGGGUCAUCUGAAGAGCUUUUCAGGCAGAAGCUUCUUUAAUUCUGUCCGUUGCUGAGGCUGAAUGCUAGAUUCCACUUCUUCUCGAUUGUGGAACAAGAACGUAGUCUGCAGUAAAAGGAAAUCUCUGCACACCGUCUGGACCAUACAUCUAACUAUCGAGAAGGUCUGGAGUGCAAAGGCCAGAUUUUUUUCAAUAACAAAGGAUGCAUUUUUUAAUGAGACUUGGUUAUUGCUGUCGCUAUCUGGUCCUUGGAGGUGAGGAUAUAAAUUAUAAAAACAUUUAAUGAAAUGUUGAAACAUAUUAUGCUAAGUGCUGCUCUAUAACGACUUGCUCUAUAGUCUAAAUCAUUAUGCAUCAUGAGUUAUUUUCUAUCUUUCUGCAAGUCCCAUCGAGGGCUGGUGUUUACGCAGUUCCAGAUGCUCCGAGCUCAGGGACAGUUAUGUGAUGUUUCUUUAGUAGUGGAUGGACAUGAAUUCCCAGCACAUAAGUCCUUAUUGGCUUGUUCAAGUGACUACUUUCGAGCAAUGUUUAAGGAAUAUACUAAGGAGUCAAAGGCUGCUGUAGUUCAUCUUAAUGUGAUAUCAGUCACGGGACUAGAAAACAUUUUGGAUUUUAUCUACACAUCAUGGCUAUCACUUUCAAUGUAUAGCUUAGAGGACACGCUUGAGGCGGCAUGCUAUCUGCAAGUAAUGGAUGCUAUACUUUUGUGCAGCAAAUUUCUAAUCAAUAACUGUGACUUGGAAAACUGCUGUUUUGCUGCCAACAUUGCAACAAAAUUUUACCUAUUAGAUGCAAUAGAAUCAACUGAGAAAUACAUUAUUAAUAAUCUUUGGAUACUUUUACAAGAAGAUAGAGAGGAAAUGGAGCUGCUUGAGUUGAACAUGAAGUCAAUGAUGACCUUGGUAAAAUCAGACGAUAUUCCAAAGGUACAUGAAAAAAGCUUGUUGAAUUUAAUCCUUAAAUGGCUGCAGUAUGAUAGAACCAGGCUCUUAAAUGCUAAGGUCUUAUUUGAAAAUGUGCGAUUUGGGUUGCUCCCAUUGGAUACUUUACGGCAACUCUACACUCAGUCUGAGGUUCCAUUGACAGCCUCUAUUAAAAACCUCAUCAUAAAAGCAUUAAAUUACCAUUCCUAUCCCACAAAACAGCCCAUUUUACAAGAAAAAUACAGUACCUUGCGGAACCAAAAAGAAUGGAUAGUAUUAGUAGGAGGAGAUGCUAAUGGGGAACUUGUUGAGAAUGUUCUAGGAUUUGAUGUAUACAAUCACAAGUGGCGUAUGGUAACAAAUCUCAAGCAAAAAGUUCAGCUUCACUGCAUUUGUGUUAUUGGGAACUUCCUGUAUGUGCUUGGGGGAGAAACUCCAGAGAACAUAAGUGAGCACACUAAAGAAAUUGCUUUAUGCGUCACCAAUGUUGUUUAUCGCUAUGAUCCAAGGUUUGACCAGUGGAUACAAGUUGCUAGCAUGUUAGAGAAACGAGCACAGUUCUCUUGUUGUGUUGUAGACAAUUACAUAUACUCAAUGGGUGGGAGAGGAAUAGAGCAGGCCAUUCUUUCAUCUGUGGAAGUCUAUGAUGUCAGCCGGAAUACUUGGACAAAAUCGAAAGACUUACCUUGUAAAGUUCAUGGUCAAGCGAGUACAGUUCACAAAAAUGUAAUUUACAUUUCUGGAGGAAAGUUUACCGGUCAAGUAAAUAGUAGUAAAGAUGUGUACUCUUUCAAUAAAUUGGAAGGGCAGUGGAAAAAGCAAGCUCCUAUGACUAUUGCACGGUUUGGACAUCAGAUGGCCACUGUAAACGAUGACAUCUUCACAUUUUUAGGAAUAUAUGAACCUUUUUCUGACAUUGAAAAAUAUGAUCCACUGCACAAUCAGUGGACCCGUUUGAGACCAAUGUCUUUUGACCGUUUUUGCUAUGGUUUAGUGGUGGUGGAACAGACUGUACUCAUGCUUGGGGGAAAGAAAUGGCAAGAUGCACAAGAGGUAGCCACGCAAAAUAUCGUAGGGUAUGACGCAGAAAAUGAUUGUUGGGAAGAAAUAUGUAGUCUGGCUUUUCCAUUUUCAGGACUGCGGUGUGCAGUACUGAAGAUGUCAGAUGCUAACCAACCUGAAGAAAGGGAAUAUACAUCAUGCCCUCAAAUUAAACUACGUUGAAAUGUAUUAAAGUAUUAUUAAUGCACUUUCAAUUAUAUAUAUGCAGAGAUAUAUAAAGGAUGGAUAGACAGAUAGAUAG